CUCUCCUCCCUCCUAACCCGGAUAUACACUCCUGCUCCCCUUUCACCUCACGGCCGACCGUUGGCCUACGCGGAAGGCCGAGCAGCCCGCUGCUGGCUGCUGCAAGGCAGGGGCGUGGGUACGGAGCGCGGGGGGCGGCGGCGGCGCGGCUUUCCCCGUGCGGUGAUGGCGAGGGAGGGCGCCAGGAACCGGGCGCCGUUGUAGCGGGUUCAGCGGCCGGCCUGAGGCGGCCUUAGCGCGGGUCGCGCGCGCCAUGGCCCCCAUGGGCAUCCGCCUGUCCCCGCUGGGGGUGGCCGUAUUUUUCCUGCUGGGGCUCGGGGUGCUCUACCACCUCUACUCGGGCUUCCUGGCCGGCCGCUUCAGCCUCUUCGGCCUGGGCGGCGAGCCGGCGGGCGGGGCGGCCGAGGUGGCGGCGGACGGGGGCACGGUGGACCUGCGCGAGAUGCUGGCCGUGGCUGUGCUGGCGGCCGAGCGCGGCGGCGACGAGGUGAGGCGGGUCCGCGAGAGCAAUGUCCUCCACGAGAAGUCCAAGGGGAAGACGCGCGAGGGCGCCGACGAUAAGAUGACCAGCGGCGACGUGCUGUCCAACCGCAAGAUGUUUUACCUGCUCAAGACGGCCUUCCCCAGCGUGCAGAUAAAUACAGAGGAACAUGUGGAUGCAUCUGACAAGGAGGUCAUUGUAUGGAACCGUAAGAUUCCUGAGGACAUACUAAAGGAAAUAGCUGCUCCUAAGGAAGUACCAGCAGAAAGUGUGACUGUCUGGAUUGACCCACUUGAUGCUACACAGGAAUACACAGAGGAUCUUCGAAAAUACGUCACUACCAUGGUAUGUGUAGCUGUGAAUGGCAAACCUGUGCUAGGAGUUAUUCAUAAGCCGUUUUCUGAAUAUACAGCUUGGGCAAUGGUAGAUGGUGGUUCAAAUGUGAAAGCCCGUUCUUCCUACAAUGAGAAGACCCCAAAGAUCAUCGUGUCUCGCUCUCAUGCAGGAAUGGUCAAAGAGGUUGCUCUUCAGACAUUUGGAAACCAGACUUCAAUCAUCCCGGCUGGUGGUGCUGGUUAUAAAGUUUUAGCACUCUUGGAUGUGCCUGAUAUGACUCAAGAGAAAGCAGAUCUAUAUAUUCAUGUGACAUACAUCAAAAAAUGGGAUAUAUGUGCCGGCAAUGCCAUCUUAAAAGCCCUCGGCGGGCAUAUGAGCACUCUGAGUGGUGAAGAGAUCAGUUAUACUGGGUCUGAUGGCAUUGAAGGGGGACUCCUUGCUAGCAUCAGAAUGAACCACCAAGCUCUGGUCAGAAAACUUCCAAAUUUAGAAAAGUCAGGACAUUAGUAAGCAUUCCUGACCACAGGGUGCAACUCUUCCAAAUGUGAAUUGUACGGCCUGAACUGUUGGAUGUGUUGAAGGAGUGGUGUAGACUAUGCAUGGUUAAGGCCAUCCUGAAGUAUUUUGGAAGUACUUAUGAAGCAUCAGAGACUUACUUUCCCUGUAAUAGGAUACAAAAUCAGGGAAAUUAGAUUGCUUCAUUUCUCAAGUAUUGUCUUUAUUUUUGAGACUAUUUUCAUACAGUUGUCAUACACAAGGCGCAUAUAUAUAUACAUAUAUAUGUGUGUAUAUAUAUAUUUGUGAAUUAAAAUCUAGAGCUGAGUCUACACUGUUAUGAGUCACCAUUUUCACACAACAAAUGACGAGUCUGCACUGUUGAUACUUCCAUAUAGAAUUGGGUUUGUGGAAGGCUUUGUUUAAUGUAGAGUUUAGUGUGACCUUGAGGUUGUAUCUUAUUAAAAAUAAAAUCAUUGGUGAUUUUUACUCCUCAGAUGGAAAGCACAAGAAGUCUCAUAUUCAUUAAUAUGCAAACAAGUGCUCUGUUCAUCUGCCUUUCUAUGGAUUUAAUAGAAAUGGCUUAAGUAGGUUAUUUUCUUUGAAAUUUUACUAACAGAUUCACCAGCUGGUAGAAGAUACAGACAAAUGACUGACUUAUAAUUGGAAUUGUCUGAGUGUUGCUGUUGAUUUUCAUUUUCCCAUGGAAGGGGCCAUUGUUCAUCCUUUCUCCACUGACCAAGAUUUAGUCUUUAACAGAAAUGUUGCUUUUAAGUUUCAGUAUUAGUCCCAUGAGUUGCUGUAUUUUCCCAUCAGUGAUGAAAUAUGCUGUAAGAUACUCUAAGAAUAUAAAUGAUUCUGUGAUAGUUGAAAGUUACUUGACGUACAGAUUGAAUAGUUUCAGCUAUUUUUUAGGAAUUAUGUUUUAGUUAAUUUUUGAAACCUUGCCAGGUUUUUCUCUAGACAUUGUCUUAUUAUCAAGAAUGGGAAUGUUUUUUUCUUAGCAAUUAAUAGACUUACUUAAAAUAAUCAAAUUAUCAAAGGAAUUACUUUUGACACAAUUCUAAUUACUUAUUGAUAAAAAAAAGUUUUUCCACUCAGUUGGCAGAAUGUGGCAGAAAAAGAUAUGGUAGCAUUUGUCGUGUUGCUAUAACUAAGAACUUGUUUUCUGAGCUGUAUUUGUUGAUAUGAGCAGUUUUUCUUAGUAUGAUCUAGAAAAUUGAUGUAAAUAGUCAUGUUUUUUCAUGUGGCUUUGAUGCCCUUGUCAAAUUAAAUGAGGAAUUUCUCAUUUUUUUCUUACUUAAAAAUGUAAGCCUAAAGAAAAUUUCUAUUUAUUUUCCUAUUUUAGAGCUAAAAUUGAGCAAAGGAUGGACAUCCUAGUCUGGUAUAUUGUGCAUAGUUUAGGUUUGUAUGUCAUGGGGCCCAAAACCUGUGUCUCCUCAGCAGUGGAGUGAAUGUUAAUACAGUACAAGUGCUUUCCCCAUACUUAGUAGCUGGUAACAAAUGCACUACAAUGGCCUUUGUGCGUGAAAAAUCAAAGUUUUGGUAUUUGAAAACUUGGUAUUAAUUUAACAGAACUUGUUAGUUUUUAAAACAGUUUCAGACAACUAAUCCAAUCACUAGAUAAUACAAAAAGAGAAAGGAAAUCCUGCUUUCUAUGGAGAAAUGCCAGAAGCAGGUACUCUCACCAGAAUCCUGUGGUAGGGGUAUCUGUGUUCACUGUAAUAUGUCAAAGCAGGAAAUGGAAUUUAAUUGGGUAUUUUUUAAUGUGCAGAAACUUUAUCAUCUAUUACAAGUAAAACUAGUUCAUAUUUGUAAGCACAAUUGCUUUUGUUUUUAGUUUCAUGACAAGGUAUCACUAAGAAUAAGAAUAUUGUGUGUUAUGCUCAAAAGUAAAGAUGCUGGCUGAGAGAUGAAGGUAGUUUUUAUAAUUUGUUCGUGUUGUCUAGUUACUAAUGAUUUUGUGUACCUUUAUAGACAGUUCAGUUUUUUUAAAAAUUUUUGUUUAAGAGCCAAUAUACAUUACAAGGAAAAUAGUAUUUAUUUAUAUGAGGUAUUAUUGUGCCAGAACAUAUCUGCUGUGGAGUAUGUAAUAUCUUUCAGAAUUAAUAUUAAGUUGUUUUAUUUCUAAAACAUAACAGAACAAGUUUAUAUUUAGAAACUUACCUGUUUCCCUUUAAUAGAAGCAGAGACAUCCACAGCCUCCACAGGUGACAUCGCUGUCCCCUCCUCAGCCAUGCAUCAGUCCCUUAGCUACCCCUGCCCCCUUUUCCAUUUUGACUCUUUCUUAACUAGUAUGUUACCUUGCUUAACCAAAAUUCUUUUAUAAACUCAUUCCUCUUUAUAUUGGCCACUGAGCAGGUAGAAUUGAGACUUUGGUAAAGUUCACAGUGAAAGUGACCAAUCCUGGAAGAGAUCUAGUUAACCAUUAUUUUUGAGGCUUCAUGAGAUGUAAAGAAAAUUAAUUACCUUGGAAACCAUAAACAUUUCAUGUUGUUAUAUGACUCAAUACUAACAAUUUUACAAAGCACCUCUCCCUACUCAUCUUAAGAAUAUUAGCCUGGCGUAUGCUAGUGAAUUGGAUAGGUUAUCCUGCUGGUUUCAAUUCUUCUAUCCCCAGCCUCCACUUGAGUUGAGUUUACAAGGCUGUACAAAAUAGUCAUUCAUCUUGGUGGUUUUUCUCCUUUCCCCAGUUUUAUGGUUGUUUUUUAUUAUUAUUUUUUACUAAAAUACUAAAUGAGGUAUUAGUGAUAAAUAAUGAAUUGACAAGAGCAUCUAGAUUUAUGUUUAUAUGACAGUUACGGGGAUUCAUUGUUUCCUUUGGACUGUUCUUCAGAUUAUGUCAGAAGAAAUAGGUGGGGCAAAGGUUAGGCAGAGAUGGAAGAACCUUGAGGGUGAGAGGCCAGCAUUUACCCUGGCUCCUGUCCCUAUCAAAACUAGGAUAGUACUCCAGCUAUGGAUGUAGUGCUCUGGUAACUCAAGCAGAAGUGCAGUCUAGUGCCAACCAUUUCAACUUCUUGGUCAUAGUUGAUGGCCUUCCUGGGACAACAUGGAAGGUUAAAGCAACAACUAUUGGGAUUAUUCUAGCUGCAACUCUCUAUGGUGGCUGUGUAUAUUGUUGCUGUGUAGAAACAGUAGUAGUUUUUCAUUUUAGGUCUGAUUAAGAUUUUUUAAUGGUAUACCUGCAAAGUGGCUCUGUCUUAAAACUGUGUAGAAAAAAAAAAAAACUAAUCUUUGGGAGUUUUCCUUAAGAAAAAAAAGUUGUGCCUUAAACAGGGCAUUGUAUGUUAAUAAAACAAAACUUGUUUUUAAUAAGUGGGGAAAGUAGGUUUUUCCCAUUAAAUUUUAAGUUCUUUUAAUGUGUUUUAUAUCAGAGUUGGGGAAAAGUCAUUAAAAUUAAAUAAAACUGAUGAAUUAUUUUUGCAUAAUGUAGCAUUUAUAGUUGAAGUACAUUUUUCUAAGAACUGGAUCAUGAUGUAUAUAAGUCUGAAAUGAGGUUUCAUCAUUUGGUUUUUAAUUAAAUGUAAGACCAGGAUAGAUUGCAUUUUACAAAUUUUACUUUUAAAUUAUUUCAGACAACUUCAUAUUUCUCUAAUUCUCCGGAGUAACUAUGGUUAAAAAAUAGCUGUUAGUGGUACGAUUUUGGUGGUCUAAUAGUUAAAUAAAACUGUGUGAUGUUACAUAACAGAGUUCCUAAUGAGGGAAGGAUUCUAAUCUUGACAGCCAUGGUUGUGAGGGCUGCUUCACAGUAGUGAAGUUCACAAUGAUACGGUUCUGUGAGGUGCUGAUAUAUGUGUAAAUUGUUCUUUUUUAUAUUAUCAAAGCCUAGCAGGUAUAUGUAUUUUGACUUAGCAUUGACAGGGUUUUUUCUUUCUUUCUUUCUUUUUUUCAGUUGGGCAGUAAGUUAAUUUAAUGGAAGAAAUGAGAUGUUUGCCUUUAAGAUAAUACAGGACAAACUCUGAAGUUAAGGAUGAUGAAUAAUACUAAGACAACUGAUUAUAUAUUGUGUUUGUGGUUAUUCCCUAAAGUAUUAUAUAAUAUAUCUUAUAAAGUGCAAAAGCAGGGGUUGUAAUGUUUUGUUAGUAUAUUUAAUUAAUAUUACAUUAAGGUGUAAAACAAACGUCAUUCUGGAAAGACUUGUUCCUCUAAUUUGAAAAAAAAAAAAAGUAGGAGAAAAACACACUAAGCUAUCAUGAGAUAGGUAACCUGAAAACAAUCCCAGAUAUGGUCUUCAGACUUUGUUAUGUGGAGUCAUUUGGAGAGGGACCCUUCUUGUCCUGUACUUGCAGUGGCCAGAAUCAGCCUUUGCAGUCUAUCAGGGUGUCUAGAGUGAUGGACUACCUAUUCAUAGGGCUCGUUCAUACUGGCAGUGCUGCCUUGAACAGCCUAUGCCUGUGUCACCAGAAUUGUGUCCUUUCCCUGAUCUUUUAAACUAUUUUUUUCAUUCUCUUUACCUGUUAAUCCAUUUCUUAAAAUGGGUCAACGGUGAGAGAAGUUUAAAUAUUUAUCUUUGAAUACUUCUUUCUCUUCAUAUAUAUAAAGCCAUGGAAGAAAUAAGCUGUUUUCCUUUGGCAGAGAUGCCACAUUUUGUUAGCAGGCUCUAACCUGCCAACCCACUUCACCAGGUUGAAGUGGAGCUCAGUGGUGUCACCUGAAGAAACAUCCCCAGAAGAGUGCUUUAUGCCUCACCUAUACCACUUUCAUAAAUGCUAUUAGUGUACUUGCUAAGGAGAUGGAGGAUGUCUGGCUCUGUGUGUGUGUGUGUGUGUGUGUGUGUGUGUGUGUGUGUGUGUGUGUGUGUGUGCGCUUUCACCAUAUCCCCAGUACCUAGUGUCUUGCACAAACUCAGUCUAGACUGUGCGUUGAGUUGAACUAAAGGGUCACUACUAGUGUUAGCAUGCUUCAUGCCUCAGUAAUAUAAGCUAGUUGUUUCCUUUGCUGAUAUUUGUAAUUAUCACCCACACACACUACGUUGUUUUUUGUUGUUGUUUUUAAACUUUUGACUUUCCUCUAGAUACUACCCCAUGGUCAAUUAACUGUUUAAAAA